CGACUCGCUCCUCCUCUCAAUUCAUUGCCUACCAUGACCCAAAUGGAGGUUCGCAGUGCGAGCCCCAUCGGCAGCCCUUCAAGUCCGAGCGCCAUGGAUUCGCCCUGGACGAAGGACGGCACUUACAUCAUCGAGGCCACGCGCAAGGCGCAUGCCUGCUGCAAGUCGUGCGACGUUACGAUCGAGGCUGGCCGACUGCGCGUGGGCGUUGUCUACCAACACCGCAAUGGCUUCGUGUGCAUUAACUGGCAUCACGUCGAGUGCUACAAGUCCGUACGCCAGAUCCCACUGAAGUGUCUUGAGGGCUUCAGCGACCUCGACCCGCAGCAGCAAAAAGUGGUCGAGAACUACCACCUCGCAACGAGCGAGCCGCACUACCUGCCCAAGGCCCGCACUUGCUCCGCAUAAUUGACGGGAGAGCCUUCCCCUCUGAGGGUCCGACCCCCGCGAGUUUUUGACGUGACGGCCUAGGAUACGCUCGUGGUCUUGAGCGUAUGCAAGCAGUGUGCACCCUUGUCAGCGCACCUAUUUAAGAAGUACUACAACAUCAGGUAGUUAGCUCCCUACUAGUAGUAGUAUCAAU